AAGGUUCUCAGAAUACUUUGCAACCUGAGUCGAUCCGGUUCAUCCAAGGUGCCAUAGAGGUUGUUCGUUAGAACUGCACGGGGACCCUCCGCAAUCGCAGCUACUUGACAAUUUGUUGUCGAAGAUCGAAACUGCACAAAGUACAGCUCAAGUUCUGCCUGCAGCAGAUGGAAAGUGAAGCCAGGCCACCUCGCAAGGCUCGGGAGUGGGCAAGGUGAUGGACUUGUGAAGUGUAAAGGUGGCGCGUCAGGGACACCGCCCAUGCUGCCCUGCUUCCAGCUGCUGCGCAUAGGGGGCGGCAAGGGCGGCGAUCUCUACACUUUCCACCCGCACGGAGCUGGCUGCACCUACCGCUUGGGCUGCAGGGCCGACCUGUGUGAUGUGGCCCUGCUGCCCCAGCGGGAGCCUGGCCUCAUCUCUGGAGUCCACGCAGAGCUGCACGCUGAGCGCAGGGGUGAUGACUGGAGGGUCAGCCUGGAGGACCGCAGCAGCCAAGGGACGCUGGUCAACAAUGUCCGACUUCCCAGGGGACACAGGCUGGAGUUAAGUGAUGGUGACCUCCUGACCUUUGGCCCUGAAGGGCUCCCAGGAAGCAGUCCCUCUGAGUUCUACUUCAUGUUUCAGCAAGUUCGAGUCAAACCUCAAGAUUUUGCUGCCAUUACCAUCCCACGGUCUAGGGGAGAAGAGGGAACCAGGGUCGGUUUCCAGCCCAUGCUGCCCCCUCAGGGAGCUCCACAGCGUCCCCUCAGCACCCUCUCCCCUGCUCCCAAAGCCACACUGAUCCUCAAUUCCAUUGGCAGCCUCAGCAAGCUGAGGCCCCAGCCCCUCACCUUCUCCCGCGGUGGGAGCAAGCCACAAAGCCAGCCUUCCUCCACUCUCCCCGGCAAUGUGGGGAGUGCCUCUUCUGCCCCAUUGCAGAGGAAUCGGAGGAAAUCAGCUCACCGAGUGCUGGCAGAACUGGAUGAUGAGAAAGAGUCUCCUGAUAGCCCCUCGCUGGUCCUGGUAGAGCCCAGGAAGAAACUUCGAAUAGAAAAAGGCACCCUGGUAACCAGUGGGUAA